AGUGAGUCAAGCGACAUCCACAACAGCAGGCAGAUGAGUGGGGGGCAAAGCAGCUGAUUUGAAGCAUAAUUUUGACUGUAACUUAUAAGUUAUCAUUUUAUAAGAUUAAGCCGAAGAUUUAAAGGAUUCGAAAAAGUUACAAUCAUUAAAAAUGACCGAGGUUUUCUCUUACGAGAGUUUGGUUCACGCUGUAUCAGGAGCGAUGGGAGGUGUGACUGCCAUGACCGUGUUCUUCCCUCUUGAUACUGCAAGACUACGACUCCAAGUGGAUGAAAACAGGAAGGCCAAAUCAACGCCUGCUAUUCUGGCAGAAAUUGUCAAAGAAGAAGGACUAUUGGCCCCAUACAGAGGUUGGUUCCCGGUCAUCUGCAGCCUGUGCUGCUCCAACUUUGUCUACUUCUACUGCUUCCACAGCAUGAAGGCAGGCUGGCUGAAAGGAAAACAGUCAGCAUCCAGCACUGAUUUACUCAUAGGGAUUGCUGCAGGUAUUAUAAAUGUUUUGGUUACCACUCCUUUGUGGGUUGUCAACACCAGGCUGAAGCUGCAGGGUUCCAAGUUUCGCAAUGCAGACAUACGGCCCACCAACUACUCUGGCAUUCUGGAUGCAUUCAUGCAAAUCAUCCGUGAUGAGGGUGUGGGAGCGCUGUGGAAUGGGACCUUCCCGUCCUUACUGCUGGUCCUGAACCCUGGCAUACAGUUUAUGAUUUAUGAAGGCCUGAAGAGGCAGCUGAGGAGAGGAGUUCCCAGGGAGCUGACAUCCAUUGAGGCUUUUAUCAUUGGGGCUGUCGCCAAAGCUGUUGCCACCACAGUAACGUACCCACUGCAGACCAUACAGUCCAUUCUGAGGUUUGGACAGUUCAAUGAGUCUACAGACAAGUCCAAGUUGCUGUCCAGUCUGAGGACUAUUAAGUGUCUGUUGGUCAAUAGAGUGAGGAAGUCUGGUAUGUUGGGUCUGUUUAAAGGCCUGGAAGCCAAGCUGUUGCAGACUGUGCUGACUGCUGCCCUCAUGUUCCUUCUCUAUGAGAAAAUCGCCAGCUGCACCUUCAGAGUCAUGGGAAUUAGCAACCAGCACUACAAGAAACGCUAGCUGGAAUGAUAUAUCAUAAACAUGGACAUUUGACCGCAGUAAAGCACUGGAAGACUGUUUCAACCAUUAUGUACAGACAUCUUGAAUGUAACUUCACCAUCCUGAAAAUGUGAUUUUUCUGUCACAAAUACCCUAACCAACAAAAUAUUAAAACAUUCUUUCUUUU